AUGAUCCUAGAUUACCUUCCACCGACGGAUCUGAUUCGGGUGUUUUGCUCCAGCAAGAUUGCGCUGGAUUACGGUGCUUCAUUCAUGCGCCGAGAACCAAAGCAGUUCUAUCGAUGUCUUCCAGCUGAUGACGAAGGCAACCUGGCUAUUGAUUCGAUGUCGCCGACCGUGGAUGUAUGCGCCCCGACAAAAUCGAAUAAUCAUGCCUACGGAUUCAGGGAUUCCUUCGCAAUCUUGCCCAUUGAUCUUCAAGCGAUCACGGUCUAUGGAGUUAGAAUGGAGGGCCAUAUUUAUGUUUGCGGAAUUGAUCUUCGGACAAGAAGCACUAAUCAACGCAUUGGUACCCAUUCCGAGCUAGUCUCUCAACUCUAUCCUAUACAUGAUCAGAUUGAUGUUAUCUGUUUUUUGUUGGACGCUGUCGGGAUCAGAAGUCUGAAGUUCGGUCGUUCAGAGUGGAGCUUCGGGGAUCCGAAAAGAGAUCAAUGCUGGGAAGGACUUAGUAUAAGGAGAGGGGAAGGGAGGCUUAAAGUUGUGCGAGACGCACUCAAAUUCAGACAUAUUGGGUGGUGCUCCGACACUACCGUUUCCUUUCCAGAAACUCUUCUAAUGCAGAAAAGCCAUGCAUUCUGGAACGGUCAUAUCGAUGAGACUCAUUACAUUGCAGGAGACCCUCAAGAUGAGAAAGAUAUGGUAUCGAAUAUUGGGAACUUCACUGUCGAGGCCUUGUGGUUAACAGAGAAUCUAUCGGGAGUCACGUUCUAUAGUGCGUCAGGUGGUAUACAAGGUAUCACCAUACAUUACUCGUCAGGAGGGACAAGCACCGCUGGUCAAACCAAUGACCGUCAUGAGGUUCUUGCGAAGGUUGUUGUUCGUGUUCUUCCACAGUUCCGAUUUCCAUUUCUUAAGGUAAACGCAGAGGAGGUUUAUAGCAGCCUAAGUCUCAAACCCCCGAAAAACUGCUAUAUCAAAGGUUUCUAUUUUCGGAUUGUAGACCCGUGGAUUGAAUCUAUUGGGAUAAUUUACGAUGAUCUAGAGGAAAGGAGUGAUUUACAGGCUGAAGCAUGA